ACACUAUUUGUAUUCAUUCUUAAGUAUAUAAAAUGGCUAGAAAGAGACCAAUAUUGAAAAUUAUAAUUCUCGGGGACAGCGGAGUUGGGAAAACGUCGCUCAUGAACCAGUUCAUCAACAAGAAAUUCACCAAUCAGUACCGUGCAACAAUUGGUGCCGACUUUUUGACCCAGGAGAUGACUGUGGACGAUAAAGAGGUCACGCUUCAGAUAUGGGAUACAGCUGGUCAAGAAAGGUUUCAGAGCCUAGGAAAGGCGUUUUAUAGAGGAGCGGACUGCUGUAUGUUGGUGUACGAUACUACAAAUCAGAAAACAUUUGAAUCUGUCGAGUCAUGGAAAUCUGAAUUCCUUAUUCAGGUAGAGCCAAAGGAUCCAGACUCGUUUCCAUUUGCGUUGAUUGGCAACAAGAUUGACGACACCGCAAACAGGAAGGUUAGCUCUAAUAAGGCUUUGACCUGGUGCAAGGCAAAUAACAACAUUCCACAUUUUGAAACUAGCGCCAAGACAGCACACAACGUGGUGAGCGCGUUUGUUGAGAUCGCAAAGCGUGCUAUUAUGCGAGAUACGCAAGACGAUGAAAUUUACAUCCCGGACACACUCUUGUUGGAUAGAAGAAACGUAAACAACGGCCCGGGAAAUUGUUCCAGAGGUCUAACAAAUUUCGUUGGUUGCGAAUACUAAUAGUGAUACAAUUUUAAAAAUUAAUGUCUCU